AGUCCGUGGAGCGGCAUCAGAGCAGAGCGGUGCGAGGAGGACGGUGGGGGGAGGGUCACGUGUGUACACACUGUAGGGCUCAGCAGCACUCCAGCAGUAGUAAAGUCUGCAACAGACGGCCCCUUUUCAGAACAAGCCUCGUCCGGAAAGUUGAUAGAUGAAGAGCGAGUCAACCGAAAUGCGGUAAAAACGGUUUGUUAUCGCUCUUUUUAGGCUUUGAGAACGCGGGGAGAGCCGAAGUGUGUAUUUUAGCAUGUCCUGUUUGUCAGAUGAAGCGAUUGAGAAAUGCCAGUGGAAAUGCUACAUCCAAACCCAAUGCCUCCGUAGGUUUGUCACCGAGCCAAAUCUAUACGUUCCCGUCGACCUGUUGAGAGUGCUUGACCUGUGCCAGAGCCCAGCGAUGUGGAUCUGCAUGGUUUACAAUGAGACGGACACCAGCGUGGACUUCCGGCUCUGCCAGGACUUUGGGCUCAUCCUGUCAGUCUUCUCCCUCAUCUACCUCCUGGUGUGCUUCCCCCUGGGGCUGUGCUACAAUGUGCUGCUGGUCGUGGUCAACCUUUCCAACAAGGUGUCCAUGACCAUGCCGGACGUCUACUUCGUCAACAUGGCCAUCGCAGGCCUUGUGCUCAAUGUGGUGGCGCCCGUGGAGCUGCUGAGCUCUACCUUCACCCGCUGGCACGCAUGGGAGUACAACAACGAGGUCUACAUCACCCUCCUCAUCCUCUUCAACAUCUCAUCACUGGUCAUCAUGUACUCCACCACACUGCUCAGUCUGGACUACUACAUAGAGCGAGCGCUGCCUCGCACGUACAUGUCCAGUGUGUACAACACCAAGCACGUGUGCGGGUUCAUCUGGGGCGGCGCCGUGCUCACCAGCUUUUCUUCACUGCUCUUUUACGUGUGUAACCACAUCUCCACAAAGAUGGUAGAAUGCUCCAAAAUGCAGAAUAAGGAGGCGGCGGAUGCCAUCAUGAUGUUCAUCGGCUAUGUGGUUCCAGCUGUGGCUGUUCUUUAUGCCUUUGUGCUCAUUUUGCGCAUCAGGAAGGAGUCCACACCUCUGGAUCAGGACUCCGCUCGCUUGGACCCUUCUAUCCACAGGCUACUGCUAGCCUCAGUCUGUGUUCAGUUUCUACUGUGGACCCCGUACUACAUGACUCUGUUGGUACACACUGUUGCCGGUGCACCGGGGUACACUAGCAACACACAUUACCUACCUACCUAUUAUUUCCUGAGAUGCGUGUCUAAGCUGCUGGCUUUCUCCAGCAGCUUUGCGAUGCCUCUCAUGUACAGGCAGAUGAACAAAAACUUCUCCAACAAGCUUCAGCGGCUGCUCAGGAGGCUGCACUGCAGAGACCAGUCUUGCCCCCAUGAACGCUCAACAGUGCAGCAAGUGGUGACGUGAGAUCAACCCUCCCUCCCCUCUCUCUCUCUCGCGAUCUCCCCGGAAGAUCAGCAAACCCGCACCCCUUCCACCCCCCAUUUCCACCUCAUGGCCUUGCCGGCACUUAUCUUCCCCCCACACACACCCCUACAGAGCCAGUAUCUGACUGAGCUUCCUUGCUGCUCUGGACUGUGUUAAGAGCGACGUAGCUAACUGUGGAAUUUCCUGUCACCUUCCAGAACUUGAUCUGAUCCAUCCUGCUCUGCAGUGAGUGAGAGGACAAACCAAGCAAAAACCACUAAGUGCUAUUAUGUUUGUUUUUUUUUCACAGAGUGAAGCUCUCCACUAAGACACUUCGGCUUCUAGUUUCAGGGCGGUAAAUUUGGCACAAUCAGCCAAUAAGACACUGAUGAAAUAUCCUGUUAGCAAGGGACUCCCAAUCACUAUACCUUUGCACUGGGUGUUGUUCUGUGUUGAAUAUAUUUCCUGCUCACAGCAUGCAAGUUUGGCUAAUACAGAACUGCCUAAAUUUCACUGUAAAGUCUCAAUAUGCUAUGUGAUACGAUUUAUUUUGAUCUUUGUAGCGUUUCCUCCAGCUUUCCCUUAACACACAAGCAGAACCAGUAAGCUAUAAACUUUAAUUAUUGAGUGGAGUUAUUUUGUUUCUUAAGAACUCUGCAGCCCCGCGUUGAUGGAUGGCGACUGGCGUAUCAGCACCCCACCACAGCUAAUGAAUUUGCAUCGUGUGUCAACACGGCAAACCAACAUUUGUGUGAACGGCACUGUUUACUGCCCAAAAGCUAGAGGCCUUGAUCACUUGAAUGAGAAGGCAGCUCUACCUUUACAGAGCUGAAUUUUCCUCUUACUUAAGUGUUUUUAGAGGGAAUCCUCAUUACCAGAGUAAAUAUUCUUUACAUUUCAAAGUACAAUAUUAAUGGUUUCUCCCAGAAGUCGCAGGUUAAUUUCAAAAGGUAUUUUCUUUAUUGCAGCUAGAGGUGGGUGCUGGUAUGAAGAGAUGUUCUCGUUUCAUUUUCAUAGGUUGAGUUCAGAGGUUUUGAUCCACUCACAAGCAUAAAGAGAUUAUUCUUGCAUAUGUCAAGCUCCACACAACAAAUAUUAUAAAAUACCCUUAUACACACCCACACCACUUUUAAGUCACACAGAACUACAUGAAAUGCUUCUAUAAUGCUCAUAUUCAGGGUUCAGACAUAACCGGUAUACCUCGUGUGAUCUCUGCUGAAAUCACGUCACCUGUUCAACCAUAAGCAGUUCAAAUCAUCAGAACUCAUUAUAAAAUCAACUCAUUAGUUUGACCUGAUUGCCUCAGCCCUGUAUGUGAUUUUUGUUAAGAUUUGUUUUGCUUCUGCAGGAAUUACGCAUGCAGAGCCUCACAUAGGGUCAGUGCAGUCCCCGCAGGGUCACAGAAAGGACCCUGAGGAGAUGGCAUGUACAUUCCCUAAACUGCAUGCACACUCAUGAGUGGUUGGGAGGGUUUGUUCAGCGAAAAUGUGUAGCCUGACUGGGUCACACCAGAGGCACUACCAUCAAUUCUCACAAAAGUGUGAAAAGACUCGGCCUGCCAAGCACCUGCAAACAGUGUGUUAGACACAGACAUAGAGUUUGAACUGUAAUGCUGCUCAGACGCAUCACGUAAAUCUGCACAUUAUUGGCAAAGCUACUUUGCUUUCUUGCCUGCCACUUAAUGAAAAUUGAACAGACAAAUCUAAUAGAGAUGAAUCCCCCAGUUAUAAGAUGAACAAUGAAAUGUUAUUGUUCCUGCAUGACAUCUGUGUAUUGCUGCAUUAGUGUAGUUUUUAUUUGCUUUCUGAAUGAAAGGGCCAGUUUAUUAAUCAUCCUGUGAACAGAUACACCGGCAGUGUGGUGGGGAAUUCACUUGAAGAAAAAUGGAAGGUGGACGCACUGUUAUAUCACUCACAGACAACAAUAUAUAAUAAUCACUCAUCUUUGUAGAAGUUUUUAAUUUACACCUUUGUGCACAAUUGUGCUUGGCUUUGACUGUAGGAUAUAACAGACUGGCCAGUGAUGACUGUGGUAUGAAACAGUGUCCAACAAUUUAUUCUUUGCUGCAUAGCCCCACCCUCAUUAUGUGUAUCUACAAUCAGUCAGUGGGAAGUAACUGUUUAUUUUCAUCUGAGACGGUGUUGACAUUAUGUACUACAGUAUGUGCUGCCCCACUUGGGAAAAAAAAGGAAAGAAAAAAAAACUCUUGCAUAUCGUGACACAGUUAAUCAUUAUUUGAACUCAGUUCAAAGUCCUAAUGCCUACUGUUCAUUCAAGAUUGGAAGACAAACAGUAGGACAAGGUCAAAUGAUAAAUGGUUUGAAUCAAAGCUUGUAACGGUCUGAUGGAGGAAAUUUAAGCAACACUUCUUAACAGUGGUGUCCAUUUUAAGCCCAGAAUUGGUGCACUAUACACUGUGAGAGAUUCCAGUUGUGUCCACAUUGAUGUUUACCAAAAACUAAAUUAUUAUUUAAUCAUUAGUUCCAACAAUGACACUUGAAUUAUAGUGAACAGAGUUGAAUUUGUCAAUUUUACAUUCAUUUCAUGUAAACUAAUCUGACCACAAACACUCAACAAAACUCAAAAUAUGCUAUUUUGAUAAUAAAAAAAUGUAAAGUAGUUUUAAAUUUCCAUCUGCAUCUGAAUCAGCAUCAAACCACAGAAAGUGAAUGACAAUCAUGCUGGGUUUUUUUGUUGUUUGUUUGUUUGUUUUUCUUUUUCCAGAAAAGCUAAUCAGAAGUCAUUUCCAUUUAACUUUACCAUAUUGCUGCAGCACCACCUUGAGGCAAAAUAGUUUUGCAAGUUUGCUUGGAGUUGAUUUGUGCAUGUGUCAUCUAAAUUUGGUUGCUAUUACACAAUACAUUCAAGAGUUAGAGCAGUUUAUGUAAAGAGGGCCUCACUUUAAGCAUGAAGUUCUAAGCAGUUUUCCUUAGUCCAUGCUUUUAUUUUUAAAAUUUUGCCGAAAUACAUCACAGCGUUUUUGAAAUAUCUUUCAAAGUAAGAGAUGUGGCCUAACAUCAUGGCUGAGGUUAUAAUUAGCAGUCACCACAAAUUGACUGACUGCACGAUAUUCACACCCAGCAGCUAAAGAUUGAUCAAAGUGGGCUCCAAAUCACACCCAACUCAGAUGACUCCUCUGUCUGUCUGGGUUUGGUUUGUUAUUUCAGCGGGGCCGUAAUCUCACAUCAGUGCAAAGAAAUUGGGAGUGAUAAUCACCGAGUUUAGUUAAAUUGCUGAGACAGGCCAUGCAUGAAAACACCCUCAGAGUUCUCGUGUUUCGAAUGUAUGCAGGUGCAUUUUAGCUAUUUGAACGGCAAAACCUCAAAAGUCCAGAUGAAUCCACUUUCAGAUGUGAUGCUUCUUUUGUGACUGUGUAUGCAAGUGUAAAUGUAUAAUACAGAAUAAUGUGUAUAUAUUGUAUGUGAGAGAUUUACAGGAAGAUACCAUGCUCUUUCAACAAAAAAAGUACAGUAUUAUUUUCAGAGAGAUAUAUUUAGAUUCUGUAAGUAAUCUACUCAACUGUCAACUGAGUCAAAGACUGAUUAAACAAUAAACUAACA